AUGGGAGCAUUGAACUUGAGACAUUCUGCUAUUAAUGUGAAUUUCGUUAUUGAAGUAUUGAACCUAUACAUCACUGAUGCAAGGGUUAUUCACCUUUCAGUAGGAAAGCGUUUCCGUGUCUUUGAAGUUAAUUUUGUGGGAAAUGAUUUGUUCCUUAGCUCAUAUAAAACUGCAUGGUUGAUUUCUUUGGGUUCUAACAACAGUUUGCUGUUGCCUCUUGCCAGUAAUGCCCUCAUCCAUGUGGAAAUAAAAAAUGAAGGAGAGGAUGCUUUUAAGCCACAAAUAUAUGGUGAUGUGAUCACUUUAGAACGCAGGAUAUCUGAAUCCACAAGCUCCAUCGUGUUAAAAGACUGUAGAGGAAAGAAGGUUGUCAGCCGGAAAGCAGAACUCCAGGAAAUGGUUGAGCAUUUUAAUAUUGAUGUGGAGAAUCCAUGUGUAGUUAUGAGUCAGGACAAAAGCAGGGAAUUUUUACAUUCAGGGAAUGACAAGGAUAAAUUUAAGUUCUUUUACAAGGCUACACUUCUUCAGCAAGUCGAUGAUCUUUUGGAAAGCGUUUCUAAGGGAUUAGAGCAUUCAUUUGGACUUCUUGGAGGAUUAGAGGCUACAAUAAGUCCUGUAGAGAAGGAGCUUAAUGAGUUAAGAGUCAAAAUUACAAACAUGGAACAAGUUGAACAAAUAUCACUGCAGAUUCAGCAGUUAAAGAAAAAACUUGCAUGGUCAUGGGUUUAUGAUGUGGACAAACAAAUCCAGGAACAGUGUUCAAAGAUUGAUAAAUUAAAGGAUCGAAUACCUAAGUGCCAAGCAAAGAUUGAUGAGCAAAUGAAUCUGGUCGAAGAAUUGAGUGCAUUCUUACAUAAGAAGAAAGGUCAUAUCAAAAACUUGUUUGAAAAGACAUCUGAAGUGAAGCAGAAGAAGCAAAAUUUACAACAAUCUAUAUCUAUGGCUGCAAAAGAAGUACUUGAAAAAGAACAAGAGUGCACACGCGUAACUGUCAGUAUUGAGAAGAUGGUAAAGCGUGUUAGGACUCUUAAAGAACAGGUGCAGGAUAUUUACGAGAAGCAUGCACAAAGUACUCAGGCUGAAGAAUCUGAGAUAGAGGAGAUACUGAAGGUGCUCCAAAAUGAGGUUGAUGCUGCUGAAUCAGCUCUGACAAGGUUGAGGGAAGAGGAAGCUAUACUAGCUGAUAAUGUGCAGAGUCAAAGUAAUGAAAUAAGAAAGAUUGCUGAUGAGAUUGAAGGACAUGAAAGACGGUAUCGUGAUAUCACCUUUUCCAUCCGUGAGCUUAAACAACACCAAACCAAUAAGGUUACAGCUUUUGGAGGAGAUAGAGUGAUGAACCUCCUGCGUAUUAUUGAGAGGAGUUAUCGGAGGUUUAAGAGGCCUCCUAUUGGUCCAAUUGGUGCCCAUCUGAAUCUGGUUAAUGGUGAUAAGUGGGGUGUUGCUAUUGAGCAUGCAAUUGGGAAGAUGCUGAAUGCUUUUGUAGUGACUGAUCACAAGGAUUCUCUUCUUUUGAGAGAAUGUGCAAAGGAAGCAAACUAUGGUCACCUCCAAAUUUUUAUUUAUGAUUUUUCAAGACCACGAUUGUCUUUACCACAACACAUGCUUCCCCAGACAACGCAUCCUUCGAUUCUAUCUGUUUUAUAUUCGGCGAAUGACACUGUGAUUAAUGUCUUAGUGGAUCUGGGGAGCAUUGAGCGUCAAAUUCUUGUUCGGGAUUAUGAUACUGGUAAAAUGGUUGCAUUUGACCAAAGGAUUUCGAAUCUGAAGGAGGUCUUCACCUCAGAUGGAUAUAAAAUGUUUUCUCGGGGCUCAGUGCAGACAGUUCUUCCCCCAAAUAAGAGGCAGAGAACUAGCCGACUAUGUAGUUCUUUCGAUAAUCAAAUUAAUGUUCUUGAAGCUGAUGCUUCCCAUGAACAAGAAGCAGCUAAGCACUUAAAGAGAAGUAAAAGGGAGGCUGAAGAAAAGCUUGAGGAUCUUGAUAGGGAGCUAAGACACGUGAAG